AUACUUUGCUAUUUUCGCUAAACAUUGUUCCAACUUGGAAAAGGUGGAAAUCACGCAGGCCACGUUUUCUGGUUACUGGCGCACACUGCAAAAAUUAUUUUUUUCCUGUAAAAGUUUACGGUGCGUUAAAUUGAUAGAUUGUCGACUAAAGGAGAACAUUUUCAUUAGUCCAGAACAGCACUUGGAGUCUUUACAUAUUAGGAAAAGUAGUACUGAAGGCAUGUGCUUACUGGAUUUCCGCAAUCUUGUUGAUUUAAAUUUGGAGUUCUGUCUCCAUAUUGAUCCAGAACGCUUUCAAAACAUGUUGGAGUCUAAUGAAAUGCUGAAAACACUCAAUAUACGCGGAUGCCGUUCCUUAACAAAUGAUCGUAUUGGACAUGCACUGGCGAAACAUAAGAAUAUUGAAGAAAUAACCCUUGACAAUCAGUUCUUCUACAAAACCGAUGUCUUGCCUGAAUUCUCCAACCUUAAACGCAUCAGAAUUUUCGGUAGAAAUGUUCAUUUUCAUCACGAUUUCCUAUUCAAGCAAUUGUGUGACAAGCAUUCGGGCAAUCUAGAGUCGCUGGAACUUUUUUCAUGGGAAUUUUCGGACAAUACGGAGUGGCUGCCUUUUCAAAGCUUAACUAAGCUAACAUUAGUCGGUGCUUUAUACUUUAAUGAUGGCUUCUUGGAGAAAAUAUCCACAGCCUGCAAGCUCUUGGAGAAAGCAGAUUUCAGGGGCUCUAUGGCAGACAUAACUGAUAAGGGUCUAUUGGAUUUUAUUAGGUCCUCAAAAAAUCUGAAUUACCUAGACAUCAGGGAUAGUAACGAGUACGAUGAGGAGACAUUCAUUACAAUCGGUAAAAUUAGAUGCGGCAUGGGCAGUACGAAGCAAUUAAUUAUUGCGUCUAAUAAUUCUAAGUGGACGAAACUCACAAGAAGCAGGAUAACUCAGCAUGAUGAAAUGUUCAAGUUUCUGAAGCUGAUCUCGUCCCACGGACGGAAGAGGGUACCUACUCCCAAUGCCCAGUGUACCAUAGAUUAAAUUUCCUUUUGUAAUAUUUCAGCCAGAAUAAACGUCGAUUAAUUUCACUAAGAUUGUGGGAACGGUGUUUUCUAAUUUCAAAACAUGUUUUUUUGAUUCGUUGGAUAGGACAGAAAACCAUCGAAUGAACCGAUUUUAUGUAAAUUUUACAUAUAAUUAUGACAUUGUUCUCUCUUAUA